AUGUUGAUUACUCUAGAAUGCGUUAUACUUGCGUUGCAGGCGGUUGCUGCAGUUCGACUUGCAUUACAUUCACCAAUUGAAAUUACCAGUCCAUCAAACAAUAGGCUAUCAAAACGAUCACCCGUUGAAUUGGGUGAUGAUAUUAGGAAAUGUUACACAAUGAAAGUCAAUGCUAAUGGAGUUGAUUUGAAUUUACGAGUCGAUUCAGGAGUUUCCGAUAUAAUGGUACCACUUCCUAGUUCAAGCAAUGAUAUAGGUUUGGCUAUACAAAGUAUUCCAGGUGGGGAACUCGUUACUAUAAAUUACAGAGACAAAGAGUAUAGUGGAUUUAGUUCCGACACCGAUGUGACGAUUCCGGGUACUAGUAUAACUGGCAUCAAUUUACCAGUAAUAGCAGUUGAAAGACAAUCGGCAGAUUCGGUUGGUAUCAGUUCAAAUCUUGAUGGAGUAUUUGGAUUUGGCUAUUCCUCAUUUUCAAAACAUCAUCCACCAAUCACUGCAAUGGAUAUUUUGUACAAAGAUGGUAUCAUUCCUAAUAACGAGAUUGGUCUUCAAUUGUGUCCGUAUGAUAUUCUGCAUGAAAGUUUCAUCAAUAUAGGAAACACAGACAUAACUGCAAAAUGCGGAACAGAUGGAAGCAGUGUUGCAUGGGUACAAUCACCAACAAAUGAUCAAUUUACUAUCAACAUCAAGAGUAUACUAAUCAAUGACGAACAAGUGGAGCUGCCUGCUGAAUUCCAAAAAAGGGUAGAAGAUGGACAUACUUUGUAUUCGUUUAUACAAACAUGUUCUGCGUAUAUGUAUCUUCCUAAAACAGUCGUGGCUACGUUGAUCAAUGAUAUUCUUGAUAGUGGUGCGAUCAGGGUUAAAGGUAUAUUAUUUAGAAACAAACUCGGCAAAAUAAUGCUUAAAAGCAUAUUACAGGGAAACUAUAUAAUGCCCAAAUCCGAGUUUAAAAUCAAAUGGGAAAAGCUGCCGUCGUUUACAAUUGUAAUGUUUGCUCAAAACCCUGUAACUGUUAACAACUACAACUCUGUUGUAACGAUCAAAUUGGGUCCUAGAGACUAUAUACAGAAAACUGAUUCUGAUGAAUUCCUGUUUACUGUAACAGCUGGUCCAAAUAACAAUGCAGCUCUUGGUAUACCAUUCAUGACCCGACUUGAAGUCACAUUUGAUCGACAAAAUCAACGCAUUGGGUUUGGUCCUGGAUGUGGAUGUGAAGUCAUGGCCGAUGGAUAUCCUACUAUCUCGAACAGUAAUCAAGUGCUUUGGCCAUUAACACAAUUGCCUGAACAACCAAGUACUUCAAGUUCAAGUGGCAGAUCUACUCUCAGGAGAUCAUUGUCGCGACUUGGUAGUAUUCGUCGUGAUAGUAGGAGGCCAAAAAUGGCUUACAAGGAUUCUGAUGGGUAUUGGCCACUAAACUGA